AUGCUCAAGCUGACCUAAGACGGAUUCUCCUGUCUCUGAAUUGGCCCCCAAUAAAAAAAAGUCGGGUGUGGCAGCGAGAGACUGAACUGAGCUCAAGUGUGAGAGUGAAAGUUAGAUUUAAAGAUUUCCUCCUUUUCUCGAAUACCUCCACAAGACACAGUGCCCACGGCAGAUGUGUCGGCGUGCUGGGGGUCACGCGUGGCAGGGCGCCGUGGCCGUGUGGCAGUGGGGAGAUGCGGCUCCCCUUCUUUGUUUCCCCCCACAGGCCUCCAAGAGCAUCUGUCACCACAGGGGGUCAGCAGGGCCAAGAUGAAUGAGCCCCCGGUGGAUUCCCUCCCUCCUUGGCAAAUGGCACAGGACAGAGGAGGGCAUAGGGGACUUGGGGGAGGGGUCUGUGUGUAUGUGUGUGUGUAAGUUUGUUUGCAUGUGACUGAGAGAGGGAGGGUUUCUGCUGUACUGAGGGAAAGAGUGGGAUUCCCAUUUCAUUCUAUACAGGAUCAUGACAAAGGUGACCUGAGAACUACCAGAGGAGAGUGAAACUCCAUAUGCUGCUUGGAUAUCAACAAAUUCUUCCCAAAAGGAUUUAUUAUCUAACAUGGACUGUAUUUAAAAAAAAAACAAAAAAAAAAAAGCUGCCUUCACAUUUGGGAUUAACUGCAUUUGAUUUGGAUUUUAAGGGUUCACCCGCUGGUCGAGGAGUCAUGGAAGGUCCCGAAGCCCUGAGUGAAAUUCAGUCUUUGCCGAACGUUUCUGUUGAGUGGUAGUGACCCAGCAUGUAGCAGAGGUGAACAAGUCCCUUCACGCCUGGGAACGAUCUGACAACAUAAUGGGGAAUUCAUACGCCGGGCAGCUGAAGUCUGCUCGAUUUGAAGAGGUUCUCCAUAACUCAAUUGAGGCUUCACUACGCUCGAGCAGUGGAGACCCACAGCCCAUCUUCACACAGCUCUACCUAGAGCCGGAGCAAUAUCCUGGUAACAUGGAAGACAUAAAGUCGAAGGCCGACCUCCAUGGCGGGGAGACACCAGGCCACGAGCACAUGAACGGCCACUCCUCCAACGAUCUGGAGGAGCUGGAAGAGGACGAUGACUCAGACAGCAGCAGCCCUCCACUUCCCUACCUGCAGGCACCUGCACCAGACGGCUGCUGCACACUGGACGGGUUCUGUCAGGCCGGCAAAGACCUCCGCCUGGUCUCCAUAGCAACGGAGCCCAUCGAAGUCCCAGCAGGCUUCGAGCUAGUGGGUGCCAAGUCCCCCAGUGUCCCCGAGCACAUUCUGGUGUGCGCCGUGGACCGCCGCUUUUUGCCUGACGAGAAUGGGAAAAAUGCACUUUUAGGUUUUUCAGGAAACUGUGUGGGCUGUGGUGAAAAAGGUUUCAGAUACUUCACUGAGUUUUCAAACCACAUCAACCUGAAGUUAUCCACCCAGCCCAAGAAGCAGAAGCACUUAAAAUACUACCUGGUGAAGAAUUCUCAGGGUGCUCUGUGCAAAGGACCCCUCAUUUGUUGGAAAGACUGUAAAACCCGUCAGUUAACCAGCAACGCGUCAACUUCAAAACCCAGCUCGUCCUCCUCUCUCAGCAGUAAAGAGAACGGAGGCACCAGUGGACACAGCUCCUCUCCCUUUUCCCUCUCAGAUUCUCCACCCACGAGAACGACACAAACAUCCUCUGUGUUUUUCGGGAGUCAGGACCUCAGCAGAGACUGCAAUUUCCUCAAACCUCUGGCCUCCACACCUGGAAACAAGACUCUACCAAUAGUACCCACAGCUCUGAGGGUGAACGGGCCGACCAAUGGUCUGGGUGUUGAUGGGCGUCCUCCCUUACUGAGCCCCUCCCAGGUCUCCUUAGGGCCUCAGGGUCAGGGGUAUCGCACAGCUGACUUAGGAGACAGUCCAGUAUCUUCUGCCAUGAACUCGGGCCCUCCGAAGAAGCGCCACCGGAGCUGGCAUCCCUCCACGUUAGUGCCGGUCCCGCCAACAGCAGUCCCUGUUCCAGCCAUCCGACCAAUUGUUUGUUCCCCAGGUUCUGUAUUAGGAGUUUCCUCUCCUCAGCCACCGGCAGCUGGAGUCAUUCAGCCCCAACCUGUCACAGCCGGAGAGACGGUCAUCGUCCCCGACAACCUGCUUACCUCUUCAGGUGUUCGCCCUGUCAUCCUCAUCGGGCAUGGCACUUUACCUUAUUUCUAUGGGAAUGUCGGGGAUAUAGUGGUGAGCCCCCUGCUGGUCAGCUGCUAUAAGAGCAGCCAGCUGACAGAGAAAACCCUGGAGACUUUGGGCGUCAACAGAAAUCAGCUACUCAGUGUGGAGACGAUGAUUCUGCUCACUUUGCAGUAUCUUGCACGUUUAGGCUCCGAGCAGAUUCCACUGAGGGAGGAGCUGGAGCAGAUAGUGUUGAAGGCCAUGCUGUGCUGUCCUGGGGGUCCCGCCAUCUCUCCGUCCCAGCUGCCCUGGUUGGCUCGACUGGAAGCCAGCGUCUCUGGAGGCAGCGUCCAUGUCGUGGUUACCCAUAACUCCUUGGGAGAGGGCAUUUCUGAGUCACUACGUUCUCUCAGUGAUGGUCCUCAGCACCAGCAGUGCCUGCCUACCUAUGUGGUCAUCAUAUGUGCCUCUAAAAUGAACAGCAACGAGUUCUGUGUGCUUGUUUUGGGAAAAUACCAAGCACGGGCCUUAGCUGAAGGCAUGCUGACAACCAAUGAGUUUCUGAAAGAAAUCAGCUAUGAGCUCAUCACAGGGAAAGUCAGCAUCUUGGCGUCUCACUUUAAAACCACGUCACUAGGGGACAAUCUGGACAAGCAGCUGGUGCGAUACCAACGCCGACGGAAGGGACAGGUCAUCCAGCCCUUUCAGGGGGAUGUCACUGACCACAUCCACUCUCAGGAGGCUGCCAGUAUGUCACCGCCCUCAGACAGAGCAGAGCUUUUAAAUAAGGUGUUCCAGAUCUAUCCGAACCAGCUGAGUGUGGCUCGCAGCCUUCUCUCUCAAGUGUGCUCCAUCGCCGACUCAGGGACCCAGAACCUCGACUUGGGGCGCUUCUGUAAAGUGGACUUUCUCGUUUUGGUCCCGCCCUCUCACAUUCUGGUGCACCAGACGGCACAGCGCAUCCGACAAUCAGGGGUGCUUGUGGACCUGGGAAUCGAAGACAUCUCCUCAGCCCACCAGAAAUCAGACAAGUACGUGGUGCGACUGGACGGUGACGUUCACGCCAGGAUGGAGGCCUUCAUGAAGAAAGUCAAACAGAACCCCUACACCCUGUUUGUCCUCAUUCACGACAACUCACACGUUGACCUCACAAGUGCUCUGUCCGGCUCUGUGUGCCAUGGGGAGCUGCAGGGUCUCGCUGACCGGGUGGUGAACUGCCAGGAAGUCCUAGAUGCCAUGAACCUGUUGGUCCUGCAGGUCAGCUGUUUCCCAUACACACUGCAGACCCGCCAGUCGCGCAUCAGCAUCCACAACGAAGUUCACUGGCCCUCUAACAACAGUCUGCAGGGGGAGCAGUCUCCCAGUGAGUUGGUCUACUUUGGCCUGAGGGACUACAGCAGCUCCCUGCAGUGGGGCGUGGCCAGCCCUAUUCUGCGCUGUGAUGAUGCUUUUGAGAAGAUGGUCCACACUCUCCUGGAAAGACAUCCGCACCUACACAGCAUGGUGAUACGCAGUUACCUGCUGAUUCAGCAGUACAGUGAGGCCAUGAUGGCUCUGACCUCAUCCCCGUCUCUGAGAGACCACAUAACCCCAGAGACUCUGGCUAUGGUGGAGGACCUGAUCAAUGCCCCGAGUAGACAGGGCUCCCAGGGGCGGGGCCACAUGCUGCUGGUCCGUGUCCCCUCACUACAACUAGCAAUGCUGGCCCGGGAACGACUGGAGGAUGUAAGGGAUAAGCUGGGGCUCCAGUUGUGCUUCGCUGUGCUUCUGGGAAGUCCUGCCUCUGAACUCAACCUGCCCAGAAACUUCACCAGCCGCCUCAGGGCGUGGCGAGGCUGUGAGAAUGAAGACUGGGUACCGCACACCUAUGAGGAUCUGGAGGGGCUUCCCUGCAUCGUCAUCCUCACGGGAAAAGACCCUCUCGGAGAGACUUUCCCCAGGUCUCUGAAAUACAGCGACCUGCGUCUGAUAGACUCCAGCUACCUGACUCGUACAGCCCUGGAGCAGGAGGUGGGUCUGGCCUGCACCUACGUGUCCAUGAGUGUUGUACAUGAGCCCAAGAAGACGAUGGUCCCUCGGGAAUCAGACGGAGAGAAGGCCACCUCCAGCCUGAACGAUGGAGACGAGCUGGAAAGACCUCAGAGCAACGGCAGCGCUGCAACCAGAGCUUCUGGUUCUUUGGCAGAGAACGGAGUCAGUUCAUCUGAUGUUGCAGACUCUUUCCAGAAGCCCUCCACUUCCACCUGCCCCCCUGAAGGUGCCGCCAUCGCAGACGUGGGCACGGUGACACAAGUGUUCAAGCAAGAGUGCGAUUCCCAGCUCUGCUCCAACCCCUCCAAAGCCUCCAAGGCCCCUCCUUCCCUCUACUCCGGUUCCUCUUCUUCUUCCCCCUCCCCAUCUUCCUCCUCUACCCAGAGGCCCAGCCAGUCCACGCAGUGCGGCCAAGACUCUAAGCCCACUCGAGUGUCACCGCGGACGGUCAUCAUGUCACGAGCAGCGUACAACCUGCUGGCGGGGGAGUCAGGCAGUCAGCUGAGCUCCUUCUCCCUGCUGCCUCAUGCAGAUGUGGCAUGGAGCAGCCCGCUGAGGCCCCUCAUCACUCACAACCUGCAGGGGGCAGAGCAGAGCAUGUACUACCGCCAGUGGACCGUCGCCAGGCAGCAUCAUGCCGAUUACGAGGCUCCAACCAUGUCGCAUCCAAGACGCUUGUUACUCAGUGGACCACCGCAGGUGGGGAAAACUGGUGCCUACCUGCAGUUUCUCCGUCUCCUGUUCCGGAUGCUCAUCAGACUGUUGGAGGUGGAUGUGUAUGAUGAGGAAGAGGAAGAGGAGCAGGAAACAUCAGAGGUUACAACUCCAGUAAACACCCAGUGGCCUGACAUUGAGGAAAUUCGAAAGCUGCCCUUUGACCCCUAUCCCCGAGACCCUAAGUUCAGGAAGGCCAGCCCUGUUUUCUCUGACAAGAUACUAAAGUUCUUGAAAGAUUUUAAGCAGGAAGGAGAGAGCCAAACACCAGCCAAACGAGAGACCAAGUCUAUACGUCUGAGCAGGUUUGCCACCCACAAUGCCUUUCAUCACUGCGAGCAGUGUCACCACUACUGUGAAGCAGGCCCAGCCUCACAGCUGUCGGAGUGCACCUUUCAUGCUUUCACCUUCUGCUCGUCCAUGCUGGGGGAAGAGGUCCAGCUCCAGUUCGUCAUUCCCAAAGCCAAGGAGCAGCACUUUGUCUUCAGUCAGCAGGGCAGCCACCUGGAGAGCAUGCGCCUGCCUCUGGUCUCCAGCAAGGACCCCGAUCUGUUAAAGAGCCCAAUCUUCACCCCGACUACGGGACACCAAGAGCACGGGCUGCUCAACAUUUUUCACGCCACUGAGGGCGCCACCCAUGUGCACAUCCUUGUGGUUAAGCAAUUUGAGAUGCCUCACUACAGGAAGUACUGGCCCAACCACAUCCUGCUCGUCCUGCCGGCUAUGUUCAACAACGCCGGAGUUGGCGCCGCUCGCUUCAUGAUCAAAGAGCUGUCAUACCACAACCUGGAGCUGGAGAGAAACCGACUGGAGGAGCAAGGUGUCAGGAGGCAAGAUGUAUGGCCUUUCAUCGUCAUAAUGGACGACUCCUGCGUGCUGUGGAACGUCCACCAGUCGGCAGGCGGCAGCGAGACAUCAGAUGGAAGUCCAACCCUCACCAACGUGUCUCUGAAGGCGGUGCUGCAGCAUAUGGAAUCCACGCCGAAGAUCUCCCUGUACGCAAUGUGCGGCACUCGCAAGUGGAGCAGCGGCCUGGCUCGCAGGGCUCCCAGCCGCCCCUUCAGCCGGUGUCAUCUCCACGACUUCGUCAUGCUCAACGUAGACCUGACGCAGAAUGUUCAGUAUGACCUUAAUCGGUACAGCUGUGAAGAGGUGGACUUCAAUCUAAGGGUGAACAGUAGUGGGCUGCUGCUGUGUCGCUUCAACUACUUCAGCCUGAUGAAGAAACACAUUCCAACUGGGGGAAGCAAAGACUUUCAGGUCAAACCUAAACUCAUGGAAAUAGAAAACUCCGCUCCGAUCAGCCCGUCCCAGUACGUUUGCGCCCCAGACAGCGAGCAGACCCUCCUGGAUGCCCCGGCCCAGUUCCUGCUGGAAAGGUUUCUGCAGAGCUGCAGCCACAGACUGUUUCCAAAGGCUGUUCAAAACAGAAACAACCCAGUUCUGUCCAUCGACAGCUACCUCAACAUCAGCCCGGAGAUUUCUGUGUGCUACAUCAACUCUCGUCCACACUCCACCAACCUGAACCAUCAGGGCCUGGUGUUCAGUGGCCUGCUGCUUUACCUCUGUGACUCCUUUGUCGUCUCUGGACUCCUCAAGAAAUUCCGCUUCCUCAAAGGUGCCACCCUCUGCGUGAUCUGCCAGGACCGAAGCUCGCUGCGUCAGACCAUCGUCCGGCUGGAGCUGGAGGACGAGUGGCAGUUCCGGCUGCGCGACGAGUUUCAGACAGCCAACUGCACCGAGGACCGGCCCCUCUACUUUCUGACUGGCCGCCAUGUUUGAAACCUGUAACUGCUCUGAGUCCGGACUGCUCUGCUGCAGAAGCACAAUCACGAAUGAGGAGUAGGUUCGAUUCCAAACCAGCCAGCAAUCACAAUUCUUGGCAUCCCACUGGAAGGUCAGAGAGGAUUUUGUUGGAGCACAAGACCUGAAGUUCCCCACAAGUGGACACAUAGGCCACCUAUAAUGUGGCUUUUCCUCACCUGUACUACCACAGUGCACUAUGGCUGGCUCUGGAGAGGGUCAGCGCAUGUCUUAAACUCUUGCUUGUUGCUGGGCUUGUCUCCACUUCAGCUUUUGUUCUACUGAAAAACACUUUGCUGUGGGGGGAAAAAAAAGCACAGCUGAAACUGAACUUUAUUUGUUUUGUUGUUUUGUACUGUAUUUGGCAAAAAUGGACGCUUUCUGAUCGAUAAUGUGACUAUUCGAAGAUUUGUAAGUGUACAUGGACUGUGACUACAGUAUGUCCCAGGACAUAUGUGUUUAUCUUAGGGUUUUUAAGGGAGAUCCAAGGGUGGUCGCUUAAAGGGGUAAAGCUUUUCUCCCUGUUCACUGUGUAUUUUUGGCUUUAAUGUUAGCUGGCACCAAAGACACCCUCAGCUGCACCUUGCCUUUUCUCCUUCGCUUUCCUUGUCCCUUCUCCACCUGCUCUGCCUCUCAAACUCCACGACACUCAUCGGCUAUAAAAAGAAAAAGAAAAUCAGCCCAUUACAUCAAACAAAUAUAAACAUAGAGGUUGACCUGCUUUGGAUUUCUAUCAUCUUGAGUAUCAAAUUCUACUGUAACACCAGAGGGAUUCAAACAAUCAACCUCUGUUUGAGCUAGCACAUUUAAACUCUCUCUCUCGUGCCUCUAAAAUAUUUCUGUGGCAUUGAUAAUCCCUCUGACAAACAGCUGUGGUGGUAGUUUCCAAAAUGACUUUCGCAUGAAUUUAUCCAAAGAAUAUUUUCACAGCUAAAGAAAAGUACAAGUUGUAUUUGUACAACUCGUCUGCUCGUGUGUAAUUCCACUCGGAUGGUGCAACAUGGACGUGUGUUCUCACUGAUGUAUUUUGCAUUAAGGCAUGUACUGAGUUAAAUUCUGGGUGUUUUCAUUCAAGAAUUAUGUUCAGUCAGUAAAUGCAACAUAAUAAACAAGCGUCCUCAUUGCCAAAUCUCCUGCUGCUGCCUGACGAUUUCACCUCCCAUUGUAAAGCUCAGAGGCAGAUUGGAUGUUGAUGAUCGUCGGCUCAUCAUCCACGUACCUUAAACCCGUUCUCCCUCGAAAAAACAAAGGGUAAUCACAAAGAGAAGGCUACACAGUGUCAAAAGCAGCUGACCAGGUCAAUUUAUAUACUUGAAAGUGGAAUGUUUUUUAUAUUUUUUCUGCACAGGGUUGUCCAAAGAAUAUGCCUUAAGUGACGUUUCAUACAGUCACUGCUCAAGUCACACAUUUUUCGGACCAAUGAGAACGAAGAAACCAUUUAACUGUGAGGAGAAGAAAUGUUUGUCAGAGUGAAGCAAGAUGGAAUAAUUUGAUUUCAGACUACUGUACUGUUUAAAGCUUUGUUUACAUUAUUAAUAUAUUGUAUCAUCCCCUUAACCACUGAGGGUUACUGAUGUUUUUUUAGUCUUGUGUAUCUUUUGCCCGUAUAUUUUGGUCAUAAUGUCUUUCUGCAAUUUAUGUUAUGUUGCAAAGGCAAGAAGAAUCUACCUAGAUGUGUCCUUAACCAUAUGUCUGUAUCCCCUCCUGUUCUUGUGUUGGAUUUUUAUUGAAAAUGAAAAUCAGGUCCAUUAGGGAUUCUUAUUUAUUUGACAUGCGUUUUGGACUGAUAAUCAUAUUGAAGUGUAAUAUUUGAUUGCAUGCUGAGCUCGCUUAAACCAAGGGAGUGUGUCCUCUUCAAAACCAUUCAUGAAGGCUUUGCACAAGACCUUAACGAAUGAUUCUUAGAUUUACUGAAUGUCAUUGGGGGACAGAAAAAUGUGAACUUGCACUAUACAAGUUGCCAGCAGAAGAAAAAAAUAAAAGUAUAUUUCCAUAUAAGCAAAAACAAUUAAAUUAAGUUCCCCAAUCCCCCAGAAUUGCUCCACUUAUAAGACUGGUGAUCAAAACGUUUUUGUCAAACUCCAAUGGUCCAUAGAAUGUGUCUUUCUUUUUUGAUAAUUUAACACUUAAUAUGCAACUUGCUCUCACAAUCUUCACUGAAAUAUGUUUGAGAACCAUGUACCAUUGGUAGCCUUGGUGUCUGGGUGAUCUACCUCAUGUUUACCAUUGUGGUUGUGGGCUGUGAACAUAUUAGAGCCAUGUGAUUGUUGUUGGAAAUUUAUGAAUGUAUUAAAAAGGACUUCUAAAUUAA